AGUUGUGGUGGCCGUUCAACUGGACACCAUCAUUUACAUCUCUCUAUCCACUCAUUCUCAAACUCACAAUUUUCAUCAUCAACAAGUGUUUGUAUAAUCAUGGCAUCCUCAACUCUAUCCCCUGCAACCCCUUCCCAGCUAUGCUCCGGAAAGAGUGCGAUUUUCUGUCCCUCACAGGCACUUGCUGUGAAACCAAUAAGGACCCAAACGAUGGGUAAGGCCAAGGGAAUGAGAAUUGCAUGCCAAGCCACUAGCAUUCCUGCUGAUCGAGUCCCAGACAUGGGGAAAAGACAGACCAUGAAUUUGCUUCUUCUUGGAGCUAUUUCACUCCCUACUGCUGCAAUGCUUGUUCCCUAUGCCUCCUUCUUUGUCCCUCCUGGGUCAGGUUCUACAACUGGUGGUACCGUUGCCAAGGAUGCCGUGGGAAAUGAUGUAGUUGCAGAGGAAUGGCUCAAGACUCAUGGGCCCGGGGACCGGACUCUUGCACAAGGAUUGAAGGGAGAUCCUACCUACCUUGUGGUGGAGAAAGACCGAACACUUGCAACAUAUGCGAUUAACGCCGUGUGCACCCACCUCGGCUGCGUUGUGCCGUGGAAUCAAGCCGAGAACAAGUUCAUUUGCCCUUGCCACGGAUCUCAGUACAAUGACCAGGGAAGAGUUGUGAGAGGACCUGCCCCAUUGUCUCUGGCAUUGGCACAUUGUGAUAUAGAUGAUGGGAAGGUAGUGUUUGUUCCUUGGGUUGAAACAGACUUCAGAACAGGUGAUGCUCCAUGGUGGGCUUAGACUUCCGAAAGCCGUCCUUCUACUGUCAUAUAUAUAUAUAUUUAAAUCUGAACUUCAAACAAUCUGUUUUGUAUCAAUGCAUAAACACUUAAUGGAUAUUUUUUUAGUAGUAAUCAAAUUAAUAUUUUGUGAAUCGAAUUUGGUAUAACAUGAAAAGGAAUCUGAUCAGGUUACUUGUUUUCCUUGUAAUUUUUCACUAUCACCUUAGCUUUAUUGCUUUUUUUUUUUCUUCAUUUAAUGCAAGAGAUAGUAUUGGCAAGCAUACUAACCUUUCAUUUUAAUAAUAAAGAGGGAGAUUGUCG